UGGAAGAGUCGCGCGUCAGUCGGGAUGUGCGCCCCGCCGCCGCGGCUGGCACGCGGGCUCGAGUGAUGUGUUCUGACCGCCUCGGGUAUAUGAAGCGGUAGUGAUCGGUGGUAGACGGUGAUGCCGGUGUUAUAAGCUCAGACCGAUGGAAUUAUCCAGUGGGAGCAGACAGUCAGUACCGGAUGUCGGAAAAGCUUCAGUGCCUACCUGGUUUCUUUAGCUGGCGGGAAAAUGUCCGAUCUCCACGACGCCGCGGACCAUAUCGACAGUGAAGAGAUUGGACACGCUUCUCCCCGUACCGCCGGCUACUGCUGCUGUAAUAGCGGCUGCGGGCAGUGCAGCCCCGGGUGCAACAGCUGUGCUAAGUGCUGCGGCAGCUGCAGCAGCUGCGCUCCAUGCUGCGACAGCUGCGCCGGCGGUCGUUGCCGUCCGUGGCUGGUGGUGGUCGCCUGUUUCUGGCUGAGCUUCCUAUCGGACGGCGUGGCCAGCUGCUUUGGCGUGCUGCUGCCGGAGCUGGCCGAUCGGAUCGGAGCCUCCAUCGCUGACACGUCCUGGGCGGGUAGCGUCCUCUGCGGCGGCCAGCUGAUCGUCGGUGAGGGAGGGGGCUCCCGUGACGGGGAGAGGAGGUCUCCCGUGAUAGGGAACACGUCUCCCGUGUCGGAGAGCAGGGACCUCCCGCGACUGGGAGCAGAUGGAUCCAGUGCUCUGCUCUGGGAUGUGGAUCGUGGAAGUCGAGUUAAUUAUUUUGUAUUGUAUUGUAUUUUUAAAACGCACUACGCAGAAACAACAAAUAAUCAUAACUGCUGAAACACCAUUUAUAUUAAAAGAAAAUAUUUACCUAGCUGCAUAGAAGAGAAGGAGGUCCGCUGGUCAGCGCGCUGGUGAACAAGCUCGGUUGUCGCCAGGUGGUGAUUGCCGGCAGUCUGAUGUCAUCAGUGGCCUUCAGCCUCAGCGCAUCGGCCUCCGAAAUCGGCCUCUUUAUCGUCAUGUACGGCAUCCUUGGAGGUCUCGGACUUGGAAUGAUGUACCUGCCCUCGGUGGUCGCCGUUAGCAUUCAUUUCGACACGAAUCGGGCACUGGCCACCGGCAUAGUCGUCUGUGGCUCGGGUGUGGGCACCUUCUGUCUGGCCCCGCUGACGCAGUACCUUUUAGACGUGUCCGGUUGGAAGGGCGCCCAGCUGGCCACUGCCGCCCUCCUCCUCACCGGAGCCCUGAUGGGCGGCGUUAUGGCGGAGCCGCAGUCGGAUUCCGAGCCCUGUCGGCCCUGCUGCUGUCCUGUGCCGCCGUCCCCGACACCGGGCCGCCAGCCUGAGACCAGCACUGGGCCAGACAGCGAACAGAACUCCGGAACGGGAGAACACCGCCGCUCCCUGACCGGGGCGAUAGAACCGCUCCCCAUCACAGCGGACGGCCGUCGGAAGGCUGGACCCGCCUCUCCCGACGACACCUUCCUGGCUACCAACACCGGCAGUUAUGUGAAGAUGGCCUCACCAGCGGUACCGUCUAACGCAGGGGACAUGGAGGUGGUCGGUCCUCCGGCGGCUGCUCCCCCUCCGGCAGUGUUCCUGUUCCCCGAGGUGGUAAUACAGAGCGCCAGCUCCACCGGCGACACGCUCAGUGAGGGCGCCCCGUGCUCCCAGCAGUCAGCCGAGUCGGUCGUUACGGGACGGCAUAUCGACCCGGUCGGUCCGCUCCCAGACGAGCCUCUCCACCGUGAGACGCUGGCCGCCUCCCGUUCCCAUCUGCUCCGCUCCCUGGGUGACCGAUCAUCCCACCUCCGUCCCGGCGCUCCCAGCGAGUCCCGUCCCGUCUCCGGUCACCUCCGGCCCGUCUCCGGUCACCAUCGACCCAUCUCCGGUCAGUCCCGUCCCGUCUCCGGUCACCUCCGGCCCCUCUCUGACCUGCUCUCUGACCUGCUCUCUCCCCGUCUGGCCGUCUCCACGCCCUGUAACCAGUCCCACACCCCUUACACACCAGCAGCCGGUCGGGGCCCAGUCCCCUCUCAUCUCCGUCCCCUGCAGAGGGCAGAUGUGUUCUUCUCGGGGAGAGUUCGGACGGUGGCGCGGGUCGCAGUCACUCCCACAGGAGCUCUAGUCAGUCCCUCCAGUCUGCCACCCGCCGCUGACACUGACGUGCAGCGGAGGCUCGCCCUGACCUCAGUGGGCAGCGCUGACACCGUGCCGGUCGGAGAAGCCACGCCGUCUGACCGAGCCGCCGGAGACUCGUUUGCCGUGCUGAAGGAGAUGCUGAACGUCUCACUGCUGAAGGAGACGCCGUUCCUGCUCACCUGCAUCGGCUACUCCUUCAGCAUGCUGGGAUACUUCGUGCCAAUCGUCUACAUACUGGACGAAGCUGUACAGCAUAAAGUCAGCCCGCCGCACGCCUCGAUGCUGGUGGCGGUCAUGGGCAUCUCGAACACGGUGGGUCGGCUGGCGGUCGGCGUGCUCAGCGACAUGCAGCACAUGGACGUGCUGUUCCUCAACAACGUCUCCAUGCUGGGCUCCGGCCUAGUGGCGCUGCUCAUCCCACUCUGCGAGACGUACUCGACCUACGCGGUGGUCACGGCCGUCUUCGGUCUGCUCUCAGCGGCCAACAGCACGCUCUCCUCCCUGGUACUGGUGGAAAUGGUCGGCCUGGCACGGCUAACGAACGCCUUCGGUCUGACGCUGCUCUUCAGAGGAGUGGCCGCUGUGCUGGGCACGCCUCUGGCAGGAUUUGUGGCCGAGCGAACCAACAGCUACGACGAGCCGUUCUACAUGACCGGCGGUCUCCUGAUCGCCGCAGCGCUGCUGGGUUUCCUGGCCAGCGGCUGGGGUCGCCGGGGCUGCCGCAGCGCGCCCGCCGAGAUCUCCUCCAACAGCUACCGGAGGGCUGACUCGGUGGACACGUGACAUCCUCCAACAGCUAAUAAGGGGCUGACCUCGUGGACACGUGAUCUCAUCCAACAGCUUCUGAAAAGUUGGCCCAUGGACUCCGUGGACAAGCGACUGGUAGUGGAACCGCUGGUGACUUGUUCAAAGUAGGGUGGUUUGAGGCUGUCUUGAGCCAUAAUUGCCCCCAUUGGCAUUGUAGAAUAUAAUGCACAGUGAACACCGAACAUGCCCAAGAAGUAUACUGUAUGAAUUUUUGGAUCAUUGUAAGUUAUUCUAUAGGCCGUGACUUUGUAUCAUCAUAUGUGCCUUUGUGCCAUCCAUGUCGUGCAAUAGUGCGUGUUUGUACCAAAGCCGAGGAAUACAAGACCUUAUUAAUUCAA